GAACUUCUGCGGUAAAAUAUUAUUUUUUUGGCGUUCUGUCUUUUUUUUUGUAAAAUCUUACUAUAAAAGCCUAAGGGAAGUAGUACACUCUUUCCGAAACCUUUUCUUCUGGUGGUGGUGGUGGAGGAGGAAUUCAUCGACAUCAACUUCAGAACAACAUCUUUAUUAUUAUACUUCGGCAUCUUCAACUCCACUCAACCCCAAGGCUAACCGUGAAAAGAUGACUCAAAUCAUGUUUGAGACAUUCAACACGCCUGCCAUGUAUGUUGCCAUCCAAGCUGUUUUUUCUUUGUAUGCUUCUGGACGUACUACUGGAAUUACAGCCGAACGUGAGAUUGUCCGUGACAUAAAGAAGCUUUGCUAUGUUGCUUUGGACUUUGAGCAAGAGAUGGCUACAGCUGCUUCGUCUUCUUCUUUGGAAAAGAGCUACGAAUUGCCUGACGGUCAAGUUAUUACUGUUGGAAACGAGCGCUUCCGUUGUCCAGAAUCUCUCUUCCAGCCAUCUUUCUUGGGAAUGGAAUCAGCAGGUAUUCACGAGACUUCUUACAUCAUCACAAAAAGAAUAAAAGAGGGAAAAUUUAAAGUUUUUUUUUUAAUUUGA